UAAUAAAUGAAGUUCACUUACAAUUUGUUUAUAAAACCUUGGCGUUGUGAUAUUAAUAUUAUACAUAACUGAAUAAAUGUUAACCGCUACCAUGUUUAUUAAAGAACAAGAGAAAUUUCGAAUUGUCAAAAAUUAAAUUUUGUUCAACAUAUAUAUUUUUAUGGCUAAUCUUAUAAACUUGUAAUGAAAUAGCUAGUUGAAUAAACAAAUGAAUGAAUGAAUGAAUGAAUGAAUGAAUGAAUGAAUGAAUGAAUGAAGAGAUGAUUUAACUAAUUUGCUGCUGGUUCAUCAGUCUGGAUACAGACAUAAUUCCAUCGAGACUGCUCUUAUUUACGUAACAUCUGAACCAUUUACAUUUAAAAAUUCACGUCUGGAAUAUUGCGGCAAUUUGUUUCAUGGUCUACCAAGCAAACCCAUAACAAUAAUUCAAUCCAUUCAAAAUGAAUAGAGUGGCAAAAAUUGUUGUUGGAGUCAAAAGUUCGCUCCUGCAAUGCUUAUUUUGAGAGAUCUUCAUUGGCAUUCUUUUGAGGUGGGGUGAUGAAAAUCUGAUGGCUGUCUACAUCACUUAACUGUGUGGCCUAUAGGUUCCAAGAAAAUUGCUGUAUUCGGCCCAGUUCUGUAGAAUGGAUUGCCAUUCCAAUCGAGGGAUUGCCAUUGCAAUCGAGGACACCAGAAAAAUAUUUAAUUACUUAGAUGACGUGAGUUUGUCGAGAUGCUUGCGAAGAUGCGAAGAUAGGGUGGAGUGGAAUGGCGAAGAGAACAUUUUUUGUUGCCCGUACAACAGCACCAUCAUCGUUCCUCACCAAGAUGGCGCCUUCAAAAAAAGAACGGUGACGAUGAACAGCGAGACCAUUGUCGUGACGGUGGACAAAAGAUUUGUUGUCCUGCUUAAUGAACCAUUUCACACUUUGAAUGCAAGUGAUUCCACGCUGAUGACAUGCCACGUCGCAUCCAUCACGAAACUUGUCGUUGAUCGCCAGGCUGCUCACGUCAUCACGUCCAGCUACGACUCAACGAUUAGGAAAUGGUGCCUGGUAAGAAAAAAGUGCAUCAAGCUGUUCACGGGUCAUGCAGACGCCGUCAACUGCAUCCAUCAACAAUCCCAUUAUUUGGCCUCUGGUUCGAGCGAUAAAACUUGUAAAGAAGAUGUCGCACUUUUAGAGGGGGAGGGGGUCAAAAAUUGUGCGACACUUCGUGACCAGGAUGAGAGGUACAAGCUAUGGAACGUUGAGACAGGUCGGUGCUUGUGGACCAGCAGGCUGCAGGCUCCUGUGACCGCCGUGCAAAUUCAGAGCAUCAAAUUUUGCUUUGUAGCCACCUCUACCGGCUGUAUCAAUAUUUUUGAAAUCAAAACUGGAAAAUCGAUAAAAAAAAUUAAAGUUCAAACGUGUUCAAUCACCUGCUUAAAACUGAGUUCAUGCCAUAUGGCUGCAUCGGCAACGAAUGGUGUUGUUACAAUAUUAUCCUGGAAUGUUGUCAGUAACGAGCCUGCUGAAGUAGAGUAUGAUUGCAAUCGUGAAGAAACUUCUGCAAACAAAUGUCAAAUCGAACAACAUACAAACAAUGACAUAAUUGAGAUAACUUCUCUUUGCUUUUUGAAACAUAACAAAAGAGUACAGUGUCUGGAACUGAUCGAUGAAGAACCAACCCUAAUUAGCGGCAGUGACGACGGUUUUGUACGGUUGUGGAUCAGGAACAGCUGCAUCAGAAUUCUUUACUCUACCCAAUUUGCUGAUCCAAUCUCCCAAGUCAUCGUAGUUGAAAACAAGCUUCUUAUAAAUUCCACAUCGACGGUCACGUUGUUAACGUUCAAACAAAGAAAACAGGAUGGCAGUAUUGCAAAUCAGUUUAGAAUCAAAAGUUCUUUAUCAGCAUCUCAUUCUGCUUCACCACGAAGACCACCAUCACGUUUACCACCAAGACCACCAUCAUUGCCACCAUCAAAAUCAGCAUCAAGAUCAUCAUCAAAAUCAAUAUCGAGAUCAGCAUACUCCGAACUUCGCAUCUCAUCACCAUCGUUUCUUGAACAUGCUGAUGUUCAAACCAGAAAAUUUUGAAAUAGGAUAAUGCGAUAUGUGGAGACGAAAAAAGAUAUGAAGAUAAAAGUCGUAAAACAAGUUGAAAAACUAAACAAGUUAUUAUCUCAAACAGUACUUAAUUACUUGCCACAAGACCAGUGCUGUGUUAACUACUCAAAAAUGUUGUUAACUACUAAGUUUAAAAAAUAAUUAACUAUUUCUAAUCUAUUUUUAUUUGCAGUUAAUAUUAACUACUCCUUAACUACUGCCAUGUUGUUAACUAGUUAGUUAGCUGCUUUUAAACAUUUUCAUUCACUAGAUUCCUUUGCUAAAUGUUUUUUUUAAUAAACAAACAGUUGUUUACAGUUCAAUACACAAAUUAAUCAUUCUAUAAUCUACAGUAUGCUGUCAUUUUCAUUUUGCUUCACCAUCAAGGCCACCAUCAUGGUCAUCAUCAAAAUCAGCAUCUUAAAAAAACCAUGUUAUCAUUUAUCUUUCUUUUUCACGCAUGAACUUCCAAUGUUUUAUGAUAAAGAUGGGCAUAGGAAAAAUGUAUGUUUUUUCUGUCUAUAAUUAAAUAAAUAAAUAA